UAAUACACCCUCCAAACACAGAGAAAUAAAUACAUACAGUAAUUAUGGAAGUGGUGACGAUGAUCUCAUUUGUCUCUAUCAUCUCCCUCUCGGUUUCGAUAUUAUUCGCAUUCCUUUUCGGCCUCUUCUUCAACAAUAGCAAAUCCUCGACCACCAUCGCCGCCGAUCCACUGCCGCCGGGAAAAAUGGGGUGGCCCCUUGUUGGGGAGAGCCUCCAUUUCCUAUGGGCGGGGUGGAAAGGCCACCCGGAGAAGUUUGUCUUGGACCGCAUGGCAAAGUACUCGUCCAGUGUUUUCAGAACCCACCUUGUCGGGGAGAAAGCCGCCGUUUUCGGCUGCGCAAGCGGCAACAAAUUCUUGUUCUCCAAUGAGAACAAGCUUGUGAGGGUAUGGUUCCCAAGCGGCAUCGACAGAAUAUUCCCUUCUUCCACCCGAUCUUCUUCCGAAGAAGAGGGCAUCAAAUUGAGAAGAAUGCUCCACAAUUUCUUGAAAACCGAAGCCCUUCGUCGCUACAUCGGCAAAAUGGACCAUAUGGCCCAAUUGCACUUUGCAGAGGGAUGGGAGAACAAGACACAAGUCGUAGUCCUGCCUCUCGCGAAAGACUACACCUUCCAAUUAGCUUGCAGGCUUUUUGCGAGUGUGGAGGAUCCUCAACAGGUCGAUAGAUUAUCGAAGCCUUUCAAUCUCUUGGCGUCGAGUUUGUUCGCCAUCCCCAUUGACUUGCCCGGAACACCAUUCAAUAAGGGUAUUAAGGCCUCCAAGAUUGUCAGACAAGAGCUUGUUUCCAUUAUCAAACAACGCAAAAUCGAUUUAGCCGACGGGAAAGCUUCACCCACACAAGAUAUUCUAUCGCACAUGCUUCUCACAAGCGAUGAAAAUGGCAAAUUCAUGCAGGAGUUCGACAUUGCGGAUAAGAUUUUGGGCUUGCUGAUUGGAGGCCGUGAUAGUGCCAGCGUCGCGUGCACUUUUAUCGUCAAGUAUCUCGCGGAGCUUCCUCAUAUUUACGACGGAGUCUACAAUGAACAAAUGGACAUUUUGAAAUCAAAAGCUCCAGGCGAUUCGCUCAACUGGGAAGACCUACAGAAGAUGAAAUAUUCUUGGAACGUUGCUUGUGAAGUAAUGAGACUUGCAACACCGGUCACGGGAACUUUCAGAGAAGCCAUUGCUGAUUUUUCAUACAAGGGUUACUCUAUUCCAAAGGGUUUCAAGCUAUACUGGAGCGCCACUGCAACACACAAAAACCCUGAAAUAUUUCCCGAACCGGAGAAGUUUGAUCCAUCAAGAUUUCAGGGAGCAGGGCCGGCACCGUACACAUUUGUUCCGUUCGGCGGAGGACCGAGAAUGUGCCCUGGGCUAGAGUACGCAAGAUUCGAGAUCCUCGUCUUCAUGCACCAUCUUGUCAAGAGGUUCAAGUUUGAGAAGGUCAUUCCUAAUGAUGGUAAAUUUGUUGUCGAUCCAAUGCCAAUUCCUGCCAAGGGUCUUCCUAUCCACCUCUUCCCUCAUCAAAAUUAAACCUUUACUUAAUUAUCUGAAUAUUUUUUCAUGAUAGUAAAUUUUUUUAUUCAUAUCACUAGCUCCGAUAAUUUCAGCUAUAUAUAUUUUUUAUUUUGAUUUGGUUUCUCAAAACUUUUGUUGCCUUCUUGAUGAAAUAUUGCACGAUGCCGUUGUCCUAUCGGGUGACAUUUAAA